AUGAAGGUGUGGUGCUUGCGCUGCAGCGCGCCCACGCUGAUGGCGUCGCGGCCCAGCUCGUCGCUCACGCCGCGCGCCUUCUCGCUCACGCGCUGCAGCGUGUCCUUGCAGUCGUGGAAGUACUUGUGCAGCUCGCGGGACGCGGCCAGCAUCUGCGCGGUACGGUUGCAACUAUUUAGACCAUGUUAUUGGUUGAUAAAACUUUUUUUGCGA